AUGGCUCAACCCGACUUCAACGUCCUGAGGGCUUCCAUGACAAACACAGCCAACGGACUUAGAACCGCAGCCACGGAGAUGGACACCGCAACCACCGAAAUGGAUAAGAUACAAAACAUGGCAGCGGUCAAUAUUGCUGAGCAACUCAAUCAGAUUCUGGUACAAAUAGCUCAGAUGGACCAGAACAUGGCUCAAAUAAGGCAAGACAUGGCACGAAUGGAGCAGAACAUCCUUCAACAGCUAUCACGCUCGGAGAUGAACCAUCUUGCCCGUCUCUUCAAUUCACGCGUAGCUGAUGAGAGUCACCGCCUGGAACCACUGUACGGUACCGACAAUGAACUGAUUGAGGGUUUUCCUCACACAAGUGCGGACAUUAACGCACUAGAUGCUGCACGUAUAGAAUCCCUGCUCCAAGAACUAGGAUUGCCGGUGAACGGCAGACUGGAUGCCAAAAAGAAGAGGUUCCGUCGUCACAUUGGGCUCAUGAUAUUAUGA